AUGUGCACAAAAUGCGCAUUUUCCCACAUUCAUCCAGACCUUUUAUUUAAAAAUCACAUACAAAAUAUCAACCAUUAUUUAGAUAAACCCAAGGAACACCCAAAAGCAACCCUCUUGAUCAAGACUCUAAUAGAUUCAUUAUGGAGCUUAAUUACAGAAUCAACCCAAAGAUAUCACACUUUAACAACGACCGAGAGAAAUAUAACAACGCAUUUCCGGUCUAUAUAUGAUAAAAUUAUGCUGCAAGAGAAAAGACUAAAAAGGCAAAUACAACAGGAGCAAGAGAGAAUAAGCAAAUACAUCAAUAAUAAAAUCAAUGAAUUAAAAGAGUUAGUAAAGAUAAGAGGAGUUUAUAAGCUAUUAAAUCCAACUUCAACAAAGAGUAGUAGUAGAAGUGACAACGAAGAUGGACAAUCAGAUUUAACAGGCAUAGACGAUCCAAUAGAAACACUAACGAAAUCAAUUUCGGAAUGCCAGAAUCUGGAAAAUUUUAUCGAAAAUAAUAUCAAAACAUUGUUCCAAAUAGAUCAAAAUCAUAUCGACCGACUGCUGGUGCAACACAAGAAAGAAGAUCGUCCCAAUCCAUCCAAUAUUGAUGAACUUCUCGAACAACACAAAAAUGAUUCAUCUUCAUUAUUAUUGGAUGUUAUUCUCAAGUACAGCGAGCAGUUCAAACCAGCAGAUUCCCUAAACAAUGACAACAACUACAACGAUCAGUUUGUUUAUAGAGACUUUCAGUUAUUGCUCGAACAACCUAAUUUCGAUAUAUUCAAUUCAGCAAUACAACAAUCAAUUCAAGUAUUAUUAACAACAUUCCCACAGAGCAACACCGAUAUCACCAGAAAAUAUAUAUUCGCCACUCACCAAAAUGAAGGAGCAACCCUUAUCGACACAUCAAACAACAAUUCUAUCGAAGAAUUUAAAUUUGAUCACUGCUUUAAGCAAACCUAUUCAUCAAUAAUUACAAUCGAUGAAUAUAUCUAUGUAUUUGGGGGCUAUAGUCAUCAAACCCAAUGGUACAGGAUUUCAAUCAAAGAUAAAACCAUUGCCUUUGGUAACAUGGAAGAUAUCGAUCCCGGUUGCGCUAUAUCAGUUUGUUAUGAUGGUGAAGAUCAUAUCUAUUUGGUUAAUGGUUUUAGAACAAAUAGAAUCGAUCGAUUCAACAUCAAGACAAUGCAAUGUCAAAAAUACCAUCAACUACCAGAUCAAUAUCACGGUCAACAAGUAUCUUCGAUGAUCUUCAAAGGUAAACUAUACUCAAUACCAUUCGAUAAAGCAAGUAUUAUUGAAUUUAAUUUCGCCAACCGAAAUAUUGUUAGUCACUCCAUUGGUAUAAAACCUUUCACAGCCUGUCACGAUAACAAUGGAAAUUUUUACAUACACUCACGAGAUCUAGAAUUACGAGUUCCAAAUAAAUUCAUCAAAUACAAUGUUGAGACCAAUGAAACAAACAAUCUAAAUCCAAUACCGGCAAGGGAUGGAAUGAACCUCAUUCACUCUUUCAAAGUUAAUAAUAUAACAUUACCAAAAACCAUUGAAAUCAAUUUACAACUUUCAGCUUUCAAUUAA